UUCUUCAAACAAAACUCAAAAAAUCUGAAACGAAAUUAAACGAAACCAUUCGUUCAGUUCAGUUUUAUUAAAUUUCUUUUUGCUGGAUUUUUAUUUCAGUGACUUAAUCGUAUUGUACAUAUGAUGUAUAGUAACUGUUCUGUAUUUCGUGAAAAUUCAACUCUUGGAACUUACGAGCAUGAAGACUUGAAUUACUCUCAUUUAUGCACCUUCUGAUGAGCUAGGGUAAUAGCAUUUUCCGGCGAAUUAAUCAGAACAUUUUUUGUACUAUGUACUUUACAUGUUCUCUAAAUCAAGUGGAUUAGUGAUGGUUGCUUUAAUUCAACGAUGAUUCUAAGAACUGUGAAAUCGAUUUGGAGAAAGCACGACUUCUUGAUAAUUUGUUCCUUUAUCGUGUUCGGUUUAACUGUUUAUCAUAGAUUAGACAACAUCAAUUUUUAUGGUUUACCAAAACAUAUCCCCUGCGAUUCUACUCCAUACGUGAAUAAUCCCAAAAGAUUUGAAGGAAUAGUGAAUCGCCAAGCGAACGUGCCUCGCAUAGUACACUUAUUACGGUUUGGACAAGAUGUUAAUUGUUUCACGCAAGGAGAUUUGGACGCUAUUGUUACAAUCUUGGGAAAUUUCGAACCGGAGCAGAUUUACGUCCAUACCGAUGAUGUGAAAACCAUGAAAAACAUCAUUAAUACCAUUUUCGUUAAAGAAGAUGUGAGGAAUAUAAUUGACGUAAAGUUUUACCCUCGGCCGAAACAUGUGUUUGGUUUAAAUAUUAGCGAAACGUUUAGACACAAACAUAUGAUUGAUUUCACUAAAAUAAAAAUAUUAAGACGUUACGGAGGCAUAUUUUUAAACAACGACAUUCACAUCGUACAAGAUCCGAGUAAAUUUUUACAAUUUGAAAUGACUGUUGUGGUGCGUUCAACUUCAGAUGUCGAUAGUCCUUUAGAGCUAUUCGAUGAAGUUAUAAUUGCCCAUAGAGACGCCAGAUUUCUAGAGCAGUGGCUAAAAUCGUACCAUCUAUAUGAUCAAAAUGCCGAGAGCCAUGUUAAAAGAGAUGUUAUGAAAAAUUUGCUCAAGAAAAAUACCAUGUACGUUCACAUAUUAGAUAAUGACAUUUCUAAACAAGUUGUUGCGAAUAGCGAAGAAUAUCACGCAAUGUUAUCGUCAAGAAAACGUCAUUUUAUUAAUAUUCAAAGCACAGAUGAUAGCUGUUUAGUGUAGAAAGGAAAAAUUCGUGUUCGGUAGGCAAUUUGUCAUUUUGUUCCAAGAUCAAAAAAUUACGACAUUCCCUAUAUCCAUCCCACUCUGAAUUUUUUUCAAAGAUUUUACGGUAAAAGUUGAGUAAAAUUUUAAAAAAAUCGAUUUUGGAGUAAUAUUGCAGAAAACCAGUUUUCGAAAAAAGUGGCAAUUUUGAAAGCUGCAGAAUGUGUUCAAUUGUUCAGUUGAUCGGAAAUUAUGUUACGUGUGAGUUCAAUAACACUGUUUCGUUUUUAAAAUUUUAAUCAAGUUUUUACCUCACACAAUCACGACUAAUUGUUCAAAUUUACCUAUCUAUGUAACUAUUUUAUAAGUUUUUCCUGUGUUUUAUUGUCUUUCAUGUUUUUUUAUGAGUCAUAAUAAAUUCUUUCUGUUGA